CCCAUUUUCGCAUAGAAGGCUACCAGAAGCGCAGUUAUAAGAUUAGGCCUCGCCCGUUGGCUACCGCGAGCGGGGAGUUUCUCCGCACCAGCUUUCACCGCCUCUACCUUCACAAUAACACGCAAGCCAUAACGAUUAACUCACUCAGCAAAACAUGUCCUCAAACGAGGCAAGCCGGAAGCUCUCGAACGAGGAAUAUACAGUCGGUUGGAUCUGCGCUCUAACGACUGAAUAUGUUGCCGCACAGGUUUUCCUUGAUGAAAAGCAUGAGCGCCCUUCGUCCACAGCCAAGCACGAUAACAACGACUAUACUUUAGGCAGGAUUGGGCAACACAAUGUUGUCAUUGCAGUCUUACCGGGCGGAGAGUACGGCACAGCUUCUGCUGCCGGGGUCGCCCGCGAUAUGCUACAUAGCUUUAUCAACAUCAGAAUCGGCCUCAUGGUCGGCAUCGGUGGUGGCGCACCCAGCCCAGAGCAUGAUAUUCGAUUGGGUGACGUUGUGGUCAGUCAGCCUUACAAGGAGCUUGGUGGAGUAUAUCAAUACGACUUUGGCAAGGCGAUACAAGCCGAGCCCUUUGAAAGCACGAGGUUCUUGGCUCCGCCACCACAAGUUCUUCUCACAGCCAUUAGCGGACUGAGAGCAGAAUACGAGAUUGAUGGCCACAACAUUCAAGACGAUAUUGAUGCGAUAUUGGCAAUCAAGAGAAAGUUGAAGAUAAAAUAUAGCCGACCUAAUACUGAGACGGACUGCCUCUACAAAUCUCAUAUUGUACAUGCAAAGACCGAAGCAGCCUGCUUGACAAGCUGCAGUGGCAAUGGAGAGCACAUCGUUUCGCGACCUAUCCGCAGCGACGAUACAGAUGAUCCUACUAUUCACUAUGGUUUAAUUGCCUCGGCGAAUCAACUAAUGAAGGAUGCUAUACUUCGUGAUAAAUUGGCGCGAGAGAAGGGCAUUUUGUGUUUUGAGAUGGAGGCAGGUGGUUUGAUGAACCAUUUUCCUUGCUUGGUUAUUCGUGGUAUAUGUGACUACUCGGAUACACACAAGAACAAAGAAUGGCAGGGUUAUGCAGCCAUGACGGCAGCCGCUUAUACAAAAGACUUGCUGAAGCGAAUUACACCGAACAAGGUGGAAGAUACAAGGAAGCUUGGCGAUUUGUUACAAAACGGUGCGUGAUACGCAUCUAAUUAUGGAAUUCUCAAUAUUCCUUCUAUCUAAUACAAAUAAUCAUUAGUUCUCGUGUCGUCAAAUGAUAUCAAAUCGAUGGUCAAGGACUUGCAGGAAUCCGCUCAUAGCACCCGGAUCAUUGAGUGGCUAAAGUCGCCUGACCCGUCGACAAAUUUGAACGCAGCCCGGGAAUUGCACCAAGCUGGCACCGGCGAGUGGUUGCUGAACAACGAUGUAUAUAAGUCAUGGCAAGCUACCCAAGGGUCCUUUUUAUGGCUUCAUGGUAUUCCAGGGUGUGGUAAAACUAUACUCAGCUCGACCGUGAUCACCCACCUACAACAAAACGAACAUGCAUCCAAAGGUUUACUCUACUUUUUUUUCAGCUUUACUGAUAUAGAGAAACAGUCAUCCGAAAAUGCUGUCCGGUCCCUCAUCCACCAACUAUACCGCAAGAGAGAAGAAUCAAGAGCGAUAUUGGACUCGGUCUUUCGCGCAUGUGACAACGGCGGUCGACAAGCCUCUCAAGCGUCAUUACAAGAAGCCUUAUACUCCAUGAUAUUGCAAUGCGGAGAAGUAUGGAUUGUUCUUGACGCAUUAGACGAGUGUCCAGCAAGAAAUACGCCCAUUGCUCACGGCUUGCUGCCGUGGAUAAGAGAAAUGCAAACCUUGUUGCCCGCUAUCCAUCUCCUUGUUACUAGCCGGCCCGAACAAGAUAUCAGAAAGUCAAUAGAAACAUGGGCCGGCAUAAACAGAAGCAUCUCGCUUCAAUCUGAGCUAAUUGCAGAUGACAUAAAUGCAUUUAUUCACGCGCAAGUAGGGCGAUUCGACAGGUGGCAAAACCAUCGUCGUGUACAGCUGAAGAUUGAAAAUGAGCUUACCAAACGUGCUGAUGGCAUGUUUCGGUGGGUUGCCUGCCAAAUUGACAUCUUGAAGGAUUGCUUGAUGGCCUCUGAUGUAGAGGAAGCACUAAGGACUCUCCCCAAGUCUUUAGAUGAGACGUACGAACGUAUUCUUGAUCGGGUACGCCCUGAAUAUAAGCACCACGCAAUACGUCUAUUGCAAUUCUUAACUUACUCAGAACGGCCUCUCCGAUUAGAAGAGGCAGUUGACCUAGUCGCGGUACAGCCAACAAGUUGCCCUGCAUUCGAUUCUACCAAUCGAAUGCCGGUUCCCGAAGAAAUUGCUCUGUACUGCUCUACUUUGGUAGUUCUAGUAUACUCAACUGACCGUACUACGGUUGAGCUUCAGCUUGCUCAUUUUUCAAUCAAGGAAUAUCUGCAAUCCGAGAGACUAGACUUGAAGAUGGCAUCAUUCUUCGACAAGACGACCGCAGCUACUGAGAUAGUAUCGGUGUGUCUAUCUUAUUUAAUGACGGUAGAUCCAACAUUAUCAACCUCGGAAAUUGUGCAAGAAUACAGAUUUGCAAGAUUUGCGGCACAAUUUUGGUCCAAGUUUGAGCGUAUUAUCGAAGAGUCGACCAGUGCGGUGUUCAAUCUUACUAAAGCGUAUUAUGCUUGCCAGGCAAUAUUCAAUAUGGGUUACCGCAUCUAUCCACCAGAUAGCCCAUAUCAACAAGUCGACGGGGAUGAAGGAGAGCAAGGUGUUGUCAGUUCGCUGUACUACACAUCGCUGGUUGGACUACUUCAGUCUGUGCGCAUGUUAUUGAGCAACGGGGCAAAUGCAAAUUCACAAGGUGGUUAUUAUGGCCAUAGUCUGGGAGCUGCCUCAGAAAAUGGCCAUGAGGUUAUUAUAAAGACACUUCUCGACCAUGGCGCUGAUAUAGAUGCACUCGUGGGUAGACGCGGUAAUGCUCUCGCUGCUGCCUCAUCCAGAGGUGAUGAAGCUAUGGUACGAACCCUGCUCGACUACGGUGCUAAUGUCAAUGCGCAAGGUGGUAAAUAUGGAAACGCUCUUGGCGCCGCCUCAUACAAGGGUUCCGAAGCUGUUGUACGGAUGCUGCUUGACCGUGGCGCUCAGACAAAUGCACAUCUUGGUGGUGUCGACGGCAAUCCUUUAUAUGCUGCAAUAUCCAAUGGUUCAGGCACCGCUGUUAAGUCACUUCUUGCCGAUGUAAAUAGUAUGAGUGACAUACAUGGCAAUGCCCUCACUACUGCAUCAAUUCUUGGUCAUGGGACUAUUGCACAGAUACUUCUGGACCAUGGUGCGGACCCUAACGCCCCGGGCAGCAUGUACGGCAAUGCUCUUUCUGCUGCUUCAUCUAAUGGCCAUGAAGCUAUUGUGCAAAUGCUACUCGAUCAUGGCGCCGAAGUUAAUGGUUAUGCCAAUGCCCUCUAUGCUGCAUCGUCCAAUGGUCACAAAGCUAUUGUGCAGAUACUUCUCGAUCACGGGGCCGAUACGAAUGCUCAGAGUAGUAUAUAUGGUAGUGCUCUUUUAGCUGCAUCCCAUGUUGGUGAUGAAACCAUUGUGCAGAUUCUUCUCAGUCAUGGUGCUGAUGUGAAUGGAAGGGGCGGUAUAUUUAUUAGCGCCCUCUACACCGCUGCGGAAAAUGGUCACACAGCCAUUGUCGAUAUUCUUUUACAUGCCGGAGCUAACCUGACUCAUAUAAUAAGCUAUAUGAAUCUACUGUCUGAUGAUUUAAUCGAAGAAAGUACGACGGGAAUUAUAUCUGACGAUAGCUCGGAUGAAGAUUCAUCUGAAGCAUUGAUUGAAGUCUUAACGCUGCUGUUAUCCCGUGGGGCCGAUCCGAAUAAGCAAGACGAUUUUGGACGUACGCCUUUGUUCAUGGCUGCAGGUGUUACUGGAGAUUUAGACGUUCUCAAGAUGCUGCUUGAGCAUGGUGCAUUGAUUGACAUCCGAGAUUACUAUGAAUGCACACCACUCAUGGCGGCCGUCAGAAAUGGACAUGCUGAUGUUGUCCAGUUUCUUCUGACUAGGAAUGAUGCAGAUAUCAAUGCAGUAGAUGUUCUGGGGCGAUCUGUUUCAUGGUGGGCAGCAAGGACAGCGAAUGUCCAAAUUAUUCAGUCAUUACACCAGUGCAGGCUGCAGAUACCCGAGUUUACCACAAGUGGCAACGGAGAUGCUGUGUCUACUAUUGUGGAGAAGUGUCGGGAGCAAUGCGAUGUAUGUUUGAGAGGAAUUCCAAUGGAAGCAUUGUACGCCCAUUGCAACAUAUGCCAGAGUGGCUAUUUCAGCAUUUGUCGGGACUGCUCCAGCCACGGGCUUCACUGCCGUGACGGAUCUCAUCGUCUGGCUCUACAUGAUGGCUCGUCCAUAUGUACAACAGAGUCCAGUGAUGACUCUGAUAGCUAAGAAAUUCUUUAUGAAUAUAAAACAUGUGGCGGCAAAGUACUUCUGAGACCGCAUAUAUCUCAAUCAUAUAAGCCAACUCCAGUCCUGCCUUGAUAAGACGCGAGAUUGAUAUACUAUAUCGCCCUCUUCUAUCUUUUCUCAAUUACUUGAGAGAAAUUAUUUGUUUUUGG